GCAGGGCAGGCCGGGCCGGGCCGGGGUGGGCGCGGGCUCAGCGGCGGCCGGCAGCAGCGGGGUUCGGCGCGGUGCCUACGCGCUCCGAGGGGACCGGGCGAGGUCAUCUGUGAGAAUUGGGAAAAAUGGCUAAACUGACCCAAAUAAUUGACAAUGAAGUCUUCCAGGCUUAUGCUACCUAUACAACUAUUGUUCUUCUAAAAAUGAUGCUAAUGAGUUCUAUAACAGCAUACUUCAGAAUAAGAAGAAAGGCAUUUGCCAACCCAGAAGAUGCAGCAUCAUUGGGUAAAGGCGAGAGUGCUAAAAAAUACCUGCGAACUGACGCAGAUGUUGAACGUGUGCGCAGAUGCCACCUGAAUGACCUUGAAAAUAUUGUCCCAUUUCUUGGCAUUGGACUGCUGUAUGCUCUUAGUGGCCCUGAACUAUCCACAGCCUUGCUCCAUUUCAGGAUCUUCACUGGGGCGAGGAUCUUUCACACUAUUGCAUACUUGACUCCUCUUCCCCAGCCUGGCAGAGGUUUGUCUUGGAUGGUUGGGUUUGUGGUUACCAUCUCAAUGGCAUACAAAGUGCUGAAGACUGGGCUGUACCUGUAACAGAGCCAGAGCUUCCCUGUGUUAUCCAACAUUCCAUGUAAAAUUUUCGACAGUGUGUACUGAUACCUUGAAUAAGCCACUGUAAAUUUUACAUGGUGACUAGAAUUCAGUUAUUAACAGAGGCUUUUCAUUCCUAUUCAGAAAUGUUUCUUUUUAGAGGUGGGGUGGGUGGGGGGGUGGGUGGGUAGAUCCUUCUCCCUAUAUUCCCUAUUCAUGGGCUGCAUUGCCAAAAUAGUAGAUUGAAUUUUCUCCCUGUGAUUUGUCAAGUGCUUAUGAUUCUAAACAUAUGAUGAUGCUGUAUUGAUAGCAUGUGUGACAAUUUUCUACAGAUGGACUAUUUUUGGCUGUAGCUCUGAAGUCUAAAUCAAUAAAGACAAGAGAAAAAAGUGUGUUUGUAUUUU